CUAUAACCUACUGGUCUCGGGCAGCAGCAGCUUCGAACCCGCUGAUCUUCCACCAUGAAGGCCGUGUGUGUGCUGAAAGGAGCCGGAGAGACUAUCGGAACCGUGUACCUGGAGCAGGAGAAUGACUCUGCUGCGGUGAAGGUGACGGGGGAGAUUAAGGGUCUCACCCCCGGUGAACACGGUUUCCACGUCCACGCGUUCGGAGACAACACCAACGGGUGCAUCAGUGCUGGUCCUCACUACAACCCCCACGGGAAGAACCACGCCGGUCCCAACGAUGCAGAGAGACACGUGGGAGACCUGGGGAACGUGACUGCAGGCGGCGACAACGUGGCCAAGAUCAACAUCACAGACAAGGUCAUCACGCUGGCCGGGCCGCACUCCGUCAUCGGCAGGACCAUGGUGAUCCACGAGAAAGCUGACGAUCUGGGGAAAGGAGGGAACGAGGAGAGUCUGAAGACGGGCAACGCUGGCGGCCGUCUGGCCUGCGGCGUCAUCGGCAUCACCCAGUAAAACCCCCGAAGCACUGGAAACGUUAUUAUUCCCCCACAGCACUUACAAGACCAACGUAGACAUCAUGUGACAGUUUCAGUCUUUCAGG